AUGGGGGCAACAUGCUCUAUGGGCAUCCGGAAAGCUAUCAUGGGCGGAGGGGCCCAUAAGGUUUGCGUGUGCGGCGGUGCUGGUGGCAUCGGCCAGCCGCUUUGCUUGCUAAUGUCUAUGGAUCCCAAUGUACGGGAGCUUUCCGUUUUCGAUCUGAAUGUGGCUAUGGUGCCUCCAGAGGGUGUCGCCGCAGACCUGAGCCAUAUUGAGAGCAAGGUCAAAGUAACCGGCUACGUAAUGGACGUGGGAAAGGCUCCAAAAGACCAUUUGAUGGACUGUCUGCUUGGCUGUAGUCUGGUUUUAGUGCCUGCUGGCAUGCCUCGCAAACCUGGCAUGACCAGGGACGACUUGUUCCGUGUAAACGCAGACAUUGCGAAAGGCAUUGUAGAGGCCUGCGCGAGGUUCUGUCCGCAGGCAGUGGUCGCCUUAAUAGUUAAUCCAGUGAACUCAAUCGUGCCGGCCAUGGCUGAACUUUACAGCAAAGCCGGCUUGGAUCCGACGAAGAUUGUUGGCGUGACAACGCUUGACUGUGUCCGGGCCAACAAGUUUGUGGCCGACAUUGUAGGCUGUCACCCCAGUGAGGUUGAGGUGCCAGUCAUAGGAGGCCAUGCCGGCAUGACCAUCCUGCCGGUCUUCUCGCAAGAUCGCCACGGAUCGCGGAUCGAUCCCGCCAAAAUUCCAGACCUGGACAGGAAGACGCAAGAUGCAGGGACAGAGGUCGUGAAUGCCAAGAACGGAAAGGGCUCGGCCACCCUUUCCAUGGCCUAUGCAGGAGCACGCCUUGGCCGGGCUGUUUUGGCUGGCAUGUCAGGGCAAGCUGCUGUGGAAUGUGCAUACAUCAAGUCAGAUGUGACCGAAUUGGAUUACUUCGCGUCCAGAGUUCAGUUUGGCAGAGCGGGUGUGGCUCGGGCACUUCCCAUCGGAAAUCUCAGCGCACAUGAGCAGAAGCGGCUGGCAGAAGCUAAAGCGCAGUUGAAGAGCGAAAUCGCUACCGGCAAGAAGUACGCACAACAGACAUCAUUGGCCUGGCUGGGGACAUCUCCUGGUGUUCCUUUGACUUCCCCCUUUGCACAGGGCUGUCAAGAACUUGAAAUGCUCCAAAAGCUUCACCCACAGAAGGAAAUUCAGCCGGUCCGGUUCCUUUCGCUGAGCCACGACAGUCACGGAGUGCAUAUCUUUGCUAUGUUCCUCGCUCAGGGAGCCAUUAUGGGCUACUUUGCCUUCAUCAUUUGGAGCCUCAUUGUUCGGAUCGAGGCAGGAGAAAUGGGCCAGCCAUCACUGCUGAGGGAUCAGGAGCUCGCAGAGAGGGCUGGAGCUCUUGGUGAUCCCUGGCUGUUCGUGAAUGCACCUGGGAGCGACCCGAAUAGUCUCCUGCGACCAAACGUAAGCUUCUGA